AUGGCAGCUUUCAUCCUAUUGGAGAGCAACACCAGUGCCAAAAAGGCUGGAGCCAGUGCCAGGUAUGGGCCAAGGUACACGCUGGGGCAGUCACAGAAAACUGAGUUUACAUGGCACAGAAGGUAUGGUCAUGGAGUUUCUGAGGAAGACAAAGGAUUUGGACCAAUUUUUGAAGAACAACCAAUCAAUACCAUUUAUCCAGAGGAGUCACCGGAAGGAAAAGUUUCACUAAACUGUAGGGCACGAGCCAGCCCUUUUCCAGUUUACAAAUGGAGAAUGAAUAAUGGGGAUAUUGAUCUGACAAGUGAUCGGUACAGUAUGGUAGGAGGAAACCUUGUUAUCAACAAUCCGGACAAACAGAAAGAUGCUGGAAUAUAUUACUGUCUGGCAUCAAAUAACUAUGGGAUGGUCAGAAGCACUGAAGCAACCCUGAGUUUUGGAUAUCUUGAUCCUUUCCCACCCGAGGAACGUCCUGAGGUCAGAGUGAAAGAAGGGAAAGGAAUGGUGCUGCUCUGUGACCCUCCAUACCAUUUCCCAGAUGAUCUUAGCUACCGCUGGCUUCUAAAUGAAUUUCCUGUAUUUAUCACAAUGGAUAAACGAAGAUUUGUGUCUCAGACAAAUGGCAAUCUCUACAUUGCUAAUGUUGAGGCAUCUGACAAAGGCAACUAUUCUUGCUUUGUAUCCAGUCCCUCGAUUACAAAGAGUGUGUUCAGCAAAUUUAUCCCGCUCAUUCCACUACCUGAACGAACAACAAAACCAUAUCCUGCUGAUAUUGUAGUUCAGUUCAAGGAUGUAUAUGCAUUGAUGGGCCAAAACGUGACUUUAGAGUGUUUUGCACUUGGCAAUCCUGUUCCUGAUAUCCGAUGGCGAAAAGUCCUAGAACCGAUGCCAAGCACAGCUGAGAUCAGCACCUCUGGAGCUGUCCUCAAGAUCUUCAAUAUUCAGCUGGAAGAUGAAGGCAUAUACGAAUGUGAGGCUGAGAACAACAGAGGAAAGGAUAAACACCAGGCAAGAAUUUAUGUUCAAGCGUUUCCUGAGUGGGUGGAACACAUCAAUGACACAGAGGUGGAUAUAGGCAGUGAUCUCUACUGGCCUUGUGUGGCCACGGGGAAGCCCAUUCCUACCAUCCGAUGGCUGAAGAAUGGAUAUUCGUAUCAUAGAGGGGAAUUGAGGCUGUAUGACGUGACCUUUGAAAAUGCUGGCAUGUACCAGUGCAUAGCUGAAAACACACAUGGAGCAAUUUAUGCAAAUGCCGAGUUGAAGAUCUUGGCUUUGGCUCCAACUUUUGAAAUGAAUCCUAUGAAGAAAAAGAUCCUUGCUGCUAAAGGAGGACGGGUUAUAAUUGAAUGCAAACCUAAAGCUGCACCCAAACCGAAAUUUUUAUGGAGUAAAGGCACAGAGCGGCUUGUCAACAGCAGCAGAGUACUCAUUUGGGAAGAUGGCAGCUUGGAAAUCAAUAACAUUACAAGGAGUGAUGGAGGCGUCUAUACAUGCUUUGUGGAAAAUAAUAAAGGGAAAGCUAAUAGCACUGGGACUCUUGUUAUCACAGAUCCCACACGAAUUAUAUUGGCCCCGAUUAACGCUGAUAUCACUGUUGGAGAAAAUGCCACCAUGCAGUGUGCCGCUUCCUUUGAUCCUGCCCUGGAUCUGACAUUUGUUUGGUCCUUCAAUGGUUAUGUGAUUGACUUUAACAAAGAGAACAUUCAUUACCAGCGGAAUUUUAUGCUGGAUUCCAAUGGGGAGCUGCUCAUCCGAAAUGCCCAGUUGAAACACGCUGGGAGGUACACGUGCACUGCUCAGACAAUUGUAGACAAUUCUUCAGCCUCUGCUGAUCUUGUUGUGCGAGGCCCUCCAGGCCCUCCAGGUGGUCUGCGAAUAGAAGACGUUAGAGCCACUUCUGUGGCACUUACUUGGAGCCGUGGUUCAGACAAUCAUAGUCCUAUAUCUAAGUACACUAUCCAGACGAAGACUAUUCUUUCAGAUGAUUGGAAAGAUGCGAAGACAGAUCCCCCAAUUAUUGAAGGAAACAUGGAGGCAGCAAGAGCAGUGGAUUUAAUCCCAUGGAUGGAAUAUGAAUUCCGUGUGGUAGCAACAAAUACAUUGGGUAUAGGAGAGCCCAGUAUACCAUCAAACAAAAUUAAAACAGAUGGCGCUGCACCUAAUGUGGCUCCUUCAGAUGUAGGAGGUGGGGGUGGAAGCAACAGAGAACUGACCAUAACAUGGGCGCCAUUGUCAAGAGAAUACCACUAUGGCAACAAUUUUGGUUACAUAGUGGCAUUUAAGCCAUUUGAUGGGGAAGAAUGGAAAAAAGUGACAGUUACUAAUCCAGAUACUGGCCGCUAUGUCCAUAAAGAUGAGACCAUGCGUCCUUCCACUGCAUUUCAAGUCAAAGUCAAAGCUUUCAACAACAAAGGAGAUGGACCCUACAGUCUCACAGCUGUCAUCCACUCCGCACAAGACGCUCCCAGUGAAGCCCCAACAGCAGUAGGAGUAAAAGUCUUAUCAUCUUCUGAGAUAUCUGUUCAUUGGGAGCAUGUUGUAGAAAAAAUAGUAGAAAGCUAUCAGAUUCGGUACUGGGCUUCCCAUGACAAAGAAGCAGCUGCACACAGAGUUCAAGUUGCUAGCCAAGAAUACUCGGCCAGGCUGGAGAACCUUCUGCCUGACACCCAGUAUUUUGUGGAAGUCAGGGCGUGCAAUAGUGCAGGGUGUGGACCUCCCAGUGAUAUGAUUGAGACCUUCACCAAGAAAGCACCUCCAAGCCAGCCUCCGCGGAUCAUCAGUUCCAUAAGGUCUGGUUCACGCUACAUAAUCACCUGGGAUCAUGUGGUUGCACUGUCAAAUGAAUCUACAGUGACGGGAUAUAAGGUACUCUAUAGACCUGAUGGCCAGCAUGAUGGCAAGCUGUAUUCAACUCAUAAACACUCCAUAGAAGUCCCAAUCCCCAGGGAUGGAGAAUAUGUUGUAGAGGUUCGUGCACACAGUGAUGGAGGAGAUGGAGUUGUGUCUCAAGUCAAAAUUUCAGUAAGAGGUGAUGAAGUCCUGGAUAAUUAUGGCAGACUGUGGAGAGAAACAGUGGAGCAGAGAAAUUCUAGAGCUCUCUUAGAGAUGGAAUCAAGUAUACAUGGUGACCAAGAUGGUGUAUGCAAAUGA